AGCUCGUGGUUCUUUGGUGUUAUGCUAAUAACGUGCGUGAGUGUGAAAUUUCCCGAGACAAAAGAUGGGGGGAAAGAAAAAAAUAAGAGGAAAAUGUUGGGGGAAGGGAUGGCGCACAGAGGCAUAAGAGGGGAGCCUUAAAGAAAUUGGACAACCCCGCGAGACUUUAGUGGGCGUGGACACCGAGGCGAGGGCUUCCUGCUCGGAUGAACACGUGGUUCCGUGUCUGCCUUCCUGCUCGUCUGUCAGUGUGUGUGUGUGAAGGUUUCCAGCCCUUCUCUCACUCCUCUCCCUUUCAUCCUCCCAUACAGCAGACAGCACACCACCUUCUCCUCUCCUUCCUCCGUCCCACUCGCACCUCCUCAUCCUCCCGCUACACUUUCCUCCUCUUUGCGACGGGACUGCCGACAGCCAGGCCGCGGUCACUUCAGCGUGGAUCAGCUCAGAGAGGGAGAACGAGUGUGUGUAUAUAUGUGUGUGUGUGUGUGUGUGUAAGUGUGAGUGAGUGAGUGCGUGUGCGCGCACCCGCCGGCAACCGGUCCAUCCGCGUUAUUCCCUCUCACCCCCCUUCCCGCUAUCCUGCCUCGUUGCUCGGUCAUGACGCUAGAAGCGAUCCGCUACCGGACCGGGUCUCUGCAGAUCCUCAACCAGCUGCUGCUGCCACACCAGACCGUUUACGAUGACAUCCGCUCGGUGCAGGACGCUUACGAGGCCAUCAAGUCCAUGAAGGUGCGCGGGGCUCCGGCCAUCGCCAUCGUUGGCUGUCUCAGCUUGGCCGUGGAGUUGCGGGCAGGCGCCGGAGGUGACGACCCUGUGACCUUCAUCAGGGAGUCUCUGUGUCACCUGACCUCAGCGAGGCCCACCGCCGUCAACAUGGGCCGCGCCGCCCGCGAGCUGAUGGAGUUUGCAGAGAAUGAGAGUAUGGAGAAGAACUCUGAGCAGCUCAGAGAAAGUGUAAUUGCCUGGAUCGAAGACAUGCUGGAGCGUGACGUCAAUGACAACAGGAAGAUCGGUAACUAUGGAGCUCAGCACAUCCUUUCUGGCGUCCCCAGGGACUCGGUGACCAUCCUCACACACUGCAACACCGGCUCGCUGGCCACAGCUGGAUACGGGACGGCGCUGGGCGUGGUGAGAAGCCUCCACGCGCUGGGCAGGCUGAAGCGCGUGUACUGCACAGAGACGAGGCCGUACAACCAGGGGUCCAGACUGACGGCGUACGAGGCUGUAGCGGAGGGAAUCCCUGCCACGCUUAUAACAGACAGCAUGGCAGCUCUCACCAUGAGGGAGAUGGACAUCACAGCUGUGGUGGUGGGUGCAGACAGGGUGGUUGCUAACGGUGACACAGCCAACAAGGUCGGCACGUACCAGCUGGCCAUCGCCGCUAAGCACCAUGGGAUACCUUUCUAUGUGGCGGCACCCAGCACGUCGUGUGACCUGAGUCUGGAGAGCGGAAGGGACAUCAUCAUCGAAGUGCGCCCCCCCGAGGAACUCACUUCUAUAAACGGGGUUCCCAUCGCUGCCCCAGGUAUCGAAGUGUGGAACCCGGCCUUCGACGUGACCCCUCACCAGCUCAUCACAGGGGGCAUCAUCACAGAGCUGGGAGUCUUCCUCCCCUCUGAGCUCCAGGCGGCGCUCACCGGCCGCCUCACUGCCCUCUAGAGCCACUCGGCUCCUCCUGCUGGUCCGUGCGCACCACUGCACGUUUACGUCACACUAAGAGACACUUUCUCAUCAUCACAGACGCCGCACAGUUGUAUUUCUAAUUGAAUUUUGUUCAAUACACAGUCACUGUUGCAUUCAGUGGUGCACACAGGGGAAAAAAAAAUCUUGUUUGUCACUUUUCCACAUACACAGCUACAUAGAGUCUCACUGCAGGGAGUCGAGUAGCCACACACGUGCGGUCUCCCCUUUCUUUUAAAUCCCUGUUCUGUCUUUACCUUUCACCUCCAAAGCUUUCCAUUGCAUCUGUCAUUGUCUCUUUCAGCCUCUCUCUCUUUCCAAAUGGCUUCUGUACCAACAAAAAAAAAAAAAGCUCAGCUGGACUCGAACCCAGAAAUUCAAUUUGGCAAACAAACCUAUAUGCGACCUUACGAAAGUCACAUUGUAACAACUUAAAGAAUAAAACGAAAGCCUAAAUAGCACGACUGGUUCUUUAAUUUGAAACAAGUCGUGGUUUCUAAAAUGCUGCUACCUACUUGUAAAUAUAUAUAUCCUUGCUGGUAGUGUGUACAUAUGUAGAAACUAACCCCCGCUCGUGAAACGCGCCGCUUUUUCAUCCAAAUAAGCGGUUAUGUAAAAAAUACAUUUCGCAUCUAAAAAUGUUAUAUUAACAUUUCAUUUCUUUUGCUCAGUGUAGGAACUUUUUUGUAAUAGACAAAUUCACAUUUUUAGCUCAUAGUCUUAAUAUGGAAGAAUUUUGUGUGUCAAAAUAAUUGAACGAUCGGUCACGCUAGUCAGCUGAAGCCUUUAACGUCACAUGGCUACUUUUAUACCUCACUCCUUAUUUGCGUUUUGCUCUUCCCAGUUAUACUGUAUCAUACCACACAUGUACUCUCAUAAUAGACUUGUAUAAACUGAUCAGCCACAGCAUUAAAACCACUGCAGAAACGGGUCCAGAUCGGUCUCUUUCUGAUGCAUCCCGCGGCCGCUCGAUCAGAUUUAGACCCGGGGAGUUUGGAGGCUGGUCAGCACUUUGGGCUGCCUGUCACCCUUCUCUGUAAGGAAGAAUCAUUAAAAAAAAAUAGGAGUUAAAGGAGUAGUUUGCCUCAAAAUUAAGGUUUAGUUGUUGGCUUGUGUCCACAUCAGUCAAGACUUUAAAAUAAUUUUUCGAUGUCAGCUUUCCUGCUUAGAAACGAAUCUCUCUCCAGAUGGUGCGUUUAACUACAUCAGCCUCAACACACGAAAAGCUGCACAAAAAAGGAUUUUUACUCUCACACUUCCUGCUCUGCGUGACGCAGCAGACGGACACAGCUGACAAGUAGAAGAAAGAGAUAGUUGCUUUGAUUUGACUCCAAGCUAAUGGUUAGGUUGCUCUGUGACCACAGUGUCAUCAUAACAAACCGCUUUGCUAACACAUCCGCCUUGAUGGCUUGUUUUAACAUUGGGUUAAGCAGCCUAAUGAUUAUAUUCCAAACCAUGUGAGUGAAAUCUCCAGUGUUCAGUCCUUUGCUGCGUGUCAUACACCCACAUCUCUGCCUUUAUGUCAAGCUGCUCUUAACUGCCAAAUAAAUACCAAAAUACUCUUUUAAUAUCUCUGUUAUUUUGUGUGUUGUUAGUUUGUUUUGCCACUAAAGUGUGGAAAACAAACCAAUGCAGUUUUAAAGCCCUCCAGUAUUGACACCGUGAUGGCGUUUCAAAGUGUCAGAGACACAAAACUUAGUCUAAAGGUGAAGUCUUAGAUUUCAGACUAACUAGUUGGGCCAUACAAACCUGAGAGACUCACAAAUUUAAUGUGGGGGUGAGCAGGAGCUGACUGUCUCUUUUUGUGGGGGCAUGAACUACUCCUUUAUGAUGGAGGGCAUCUUCUGCGUUAUGUACUUUUACGCCACCACCAAUGAGAAUGUAACAUUUAAGUCGUAUAAAUGUUGUUUUCGUUUGGGGCCGGACGUCAGACACUCAGCCACUUCUUGCCUUUGCGCUCACCUUCGAAUGUGUUUCGACCGCUUGGACUAAACCCUCCUCAUAAACUCCCAGACAUGCUCGCGACUCACCGAAAUCUGUACCGCGAGCGACUGAAAGCAGGUCGAUAUCAAGAAGUACACAAAGGUUUUGUUUUUUUUUCUCAGAAGUUAUUGUUUGACAUUUCUGGCCCCUGAGUUUCUUUUCUCUAUCCUGAUGAAAGAACAGGACUAUAAAGGAAAAAUGAAUUUCAUAAUGGUAGGAAAUGCCAAACUCGUCUAGUGCUGAAACUAUUUGUACAGGAAAAGAAUGAAAAUCGUAACAAUAUAGCAGUUGUUUAAAGGGAACCUAUUAUGCUUUUUUCCAUAUUUUUAUUCUUGGGCUCUAGUAGAGUAGAUUUGAAUGAUUCACAGUUAAAAAUAGUUCUUGUUUAUUUUAUUUAUCCUCCAGUUCAUAUGCCAUCUGAAACAAGCCAUUUUAGCUCCUGUCCAUGGAAGACCUUUAAGAAAUCCCUUUAUGAGCAUCCAGCAUUGUAACAAUAUGUGUGCAUUUAUAACAGAAAAUAAAGCAUUUUCACACAAAAUACUAGUUGAAAUUUUACACCCAAUAUUUGGACCGUCCUUCAAGUUAGUUGCCAACUUACUAACUGAUAAAUCCAGCAUCGUUAGGCAGACUGACUGAUGCAAGCCUGUGUUUGAGGUCUUGUAUCGUGAUUUGAAUGCACUGAAUUUUUGCCACCUGGCCUGCGAGCUUACGGUGCAUUUGUCGUUGCGAGAGGCUUCGUAGAAACAUCCCAGACGUCUCUUAUCUGCGUGCUGACACCUAAUCAUUUACCCAAAGUCACCAGGUCCACACUGUUUGCUGCCUUACAGGUGCAGCCUGAUUGUAGCUUACUGAUGUAAGGCAGUAGUCCCCUCGCUCCGUCCUUCAACAGAGUUCAUAUCGUGUUGCCAGAGUGCUUAAAGGCUGAGGCAGGCAGUAAUAUUUUUUUGUGGUUAUUAGACAAAAAAUCCUUUAAUAACCUUUCAGCAUAUUGUAAUUCAAGUGCUCUCAGAGGAAACCAGACCUCUGAACCAUCUCUUCACUCUGUUUUCAGGCUUUAUUAGAUCUAGCCUACGUCUUUGUUCAAUCACAGGCCUAAUGGCUCCUCUGCAGAUGUGCAGAGGAGUCCUUUGCACAUACUUCAGAUUGUGAAAAGUAGCAGAAAUUCCUGAAGGAAAAUAUGAUUUUCAAAAUUCACAGCUUGCACUGCGUCGCAGUCUGGUUUUUUGUUUUGUGGUUUUCCUUGUAUAUUACCUGAAACUCGGCCAUAGCAAUUGAAUGGUAACAUUUUUGUUUCAUUUAAAAAUACAAAGCCCGAUGGCAUGUUGAAAUCUCAGACUUGCCUGUUGGCGGCGUGUUUUAUGCCUAUUCAAACAUUUUUGCCUCGUGCAGAAAGAACAAAACCUUGUUAAAGACGCCCUAAAAACACAGACAGCGUUUUGAUUUUUAUGCUCCGUGUCAGAAAAUGCUAUCCCACUCCCACACACACAGUGUCACCACUCUUUUGUGAGUGAGUGGAUUUACCUGCACACUCAUAUAAUGGUGAAAUGUGUGCAUAUAAACACACAUGAAACGUGAUUGUACUCCUAUGUGCGUCAGUCAGUUUCAGUGUAAAUGGCCGGAAACUGCGGAGAUGGCUCAGCUGAUGCAGAAAUGAGCGGAAACGCGAUACUGUAAUUACGCAGGGUUAUGACUAACAUCAAGGUUGAAAAGCAGUGCUCUAGACCAGCAUGGUAAUGUGCAUGUAAAUGCAUUUACUGACUCGAUUAGAGAGAUGUCAGAGGUCUGGCCACAGGCACCACCACCUCACACAUUGACUGUCUACUACACAACUUCUCUACUCUACAGGACCACAGGGAGGUUCUGAGAAAACAUCAUUUAAAAAAACAAAACAAAAAGCUUAACAUCAAUAAUUACGACAGUGUCUAUUGUCUAUAUCUUAAAAUAUGCUGUAAUGUAAGCUCAUUUCUUCACUUUCUUCCUCAUCAAUCAUCACCUCGCUCACCCAUCAAACCUCAACUCACAAAGAUGCUGGUAGGUCACACGCAAGUGUUAAAAAAUUUCUUUCGUUUUGUAAAGUCAAAGACUUCAUGCUUUUUUGGGGGGGGGUGGGAUUUUAGACAAUUUUCCUGACAUAUGUAGCAAUUUUAUGGCCCGUUAGAUGCGCCGCCUGUCAUUUCUGUUUAAGAGGUACAAGAUUUUUGUUUGUCUGUAGGUCAUGAUUAUAACUGUUCUGCUGUGGUUUGUUGGUUUAUUUCAUGAUUUCAUUGUGAUUCCUAGUGACUAGGCCAUUAGAGCACCACACUGGGGAGGCCUCCUCAACCAUACGCACUACCUCUCCGUCUGCCUGCACGGACUCGAACACUGAAAUGCAUGAACACAAGCACUUAAUGCGCCAGCCUGCAGCAGAGCAGAUUGACAAGGUUGAUGAAAAGAAAUAUGGGUUACAAUUUUCACUCGUUUGUAUCUUGAACGCUAAGUGACAAUUAAUUUGUGGCGGUGCUUUUAGUUUGCCAAAGUAGCCUAGAUUCAGGCUCGUCUGUUAUUUUAGGUUGCAGUUGAAUUACAAUACCUUGCAGAUGUCUCGAGUUCUCCCUCAUUUCUUUAUAUUUCACUUCUAAUAAGCCACAUUUUCUUGUUGGUUUUUUUUAUUUUAUUUUAAGUGGUCUUGAGUAAUAGUUCUGUAGGCUUUCUAAAGGUCUUUCAAAGUUCUUCUUGGGACAUUGGCUGCUACAUAAAAUAGUAAAAUGGUAUAUUUGCCCCAGCAAUGUGAUUCCCGAAUAGCUGUUAGCCAAAAAUUUUGCACAUCUCAGCAUGGAGUGCUCUGAGUUCUUAAAAAAUUUGAGGAAAGUGGACAAAAGAAGAAAAGGCCGGUCUGUAGAAGUGUCUACAGCAGAAAGUGUUUUUUGUCUUAUAUACUUACAUAUUUGUUACCAUGUUUUCAUAAAUUGGUGCAGUUAUUUCCAAUUUCUUAGCAAGAUGUAAAGAAAUGAGGGGUGACUUUUGCACAGUACUGUAUUUCUGUAUUAUGGAUUAAUGCUUUUUAAGCAGCAGCAAUAUAAUGCCGUAUUUUAAAAAGCGAUAACGCAUCCCUCUCCUUCCAAAAAGGCCAAAACAUGGAUAAUAAUGAGGUGCCAAAAUCCAGCGCCGCCUGUCUCGUACUUUCCAAGUUGAUUCGAUUAAUCAUAGCAGAUGUGUAUGCAUUAUAAAGCGAUUGGUGCAGUCUGCAUUUACCAUGGAAGGAGUGUUGUUCAGAUGGCCUCUUUAAGUGCAAGUAUGUUGUUGUUGUUGUUGUUGUUCUUGAUAAUCACCUGGUCUGGGUUUGAUUUUGUAACAUGUGGAAAGUGUUCUGAACUGGGUUUUUUUUUGUUUUUUGUUUUUUUUAAUAUAUUUACGUAUAUGAAUAUAAUGCUGUAAAGUGCAGUCAUAAAUUAAGAGAUUUCUCUUUCACAUCAAUAAAGGAAAGAAGUAAAACCACAGCAAAAAUGCACAAGUA